CCUGUUGUUUUUUAAACCUCUCAUUCAUUAAAGAGUUUUAAUCGCACGCGCUUAAUUCUUAAAAUGAUGAAAACACGCAGAGCGUCCUCGAAGGCAAAGCAGCUGGAAGUGGCCGAUCUGUCUGAGGACAGCAGAGACAGCAUCCAAUCAAAGGGAUCCUGGAAGCCUGAUGAGCUGGCGCAGGCCUUCAUGGACACCGAGAGCGAGGGAGAGUUUGAGGGGUUCCCUGCGGACGAGUGUGACUGGAGAAAACCGGUGAGUGAGGGCUCUGAUAACGGCUUUUAUUCUGACGGAGAGGAACCGGCGUCUAAAAAGAGGCACAGCUCUGGACUGUGUGUCGCAUUCAAGUUUCCCGCCAAAAGAGGCCCCGCCCCUAAACGGAACACAGCCAAAAAGGGCAACAAAGCGGCCCCAGCCCCGCCCAUCAGCAGGAAGCCUGCGGGAGGAAACAGGAAGUGGCGCGAACCAGAACAAACAAAAGAGUCUACUUUAUAUGACCGCAUUCGAGCAGAGAGCCAAUCAAAACCCUCUGAUAACGUGACCAAUGUGGAGAGUCUACUGACCGACGAAGAGAUGCAGAUACUGAGCAAAAGGGCCAAAAACAUCCAAGAAAAUAAAGCUAUGCUUGCAAAACUGUUUGCAGACUUGAGUUCUUUGCCUGAGCUUCCUUCUAAGACGACGCCUGCGAAGAGAAAGAAGCAGUCCACCCCGAAACGCUGUUUUUCAGAGGUUCAGGUCGAGAGACGAAACCCGGGCCGCAAGGCCAGACCCCCGGAGCAUUUCGGGAAAGAGGUGGAGGAAAACCCGGCUCCUCAGAAGAGAGAGAGCGGAGCGAUCGACAUCAAGCGGCUGAUGGAGGCAAGAGACGCCGAGAAAACUGAACCCGUUUCAUCUGAACUUACUGUAGAGACGUGCAUUAUCCUUUCCUGA